UACAAUUUAUGUCGGGAUAAGAAACUGUUUCGAAGUGUAAGUCAACAAACAUUUCCCUCGAUAAGCAAAGGUUGGUUCAGUGUAUUGUUACAGGUAUACGCUGAACAUGUGUCACCUGACCGAAUGAACUACCAUUUAAUCUUACUGAUAGCUAUGUGAAGGUGUAGCGUAUCUGCUCCCUCGCGUGGCUCGGGGCGGCACACGCGACAAAUCAAUACAGCAGCCAUGACGAAAAAGAGUACCGCUAGAAAUAGAACCACUGCAACAUCAAACGAAGAUAAAAGGGAUUCGAUUGACAAACAAGCCGUAAGACACCGGCGGAGACAGGCGCCCAGUGAAACCUUCCAUCUUGACAUAUGGCUGACACUGGCACUCGUAAACUGGAUCUUUGACUUCGGGAGACCGAUUGCUGGCUGGUAUGUUCCGUUAGAGUGGUCUCCCCUGAAUAGGCCCAGCAUCGGUGACUAUUUCCAUAUGGCUUACAACGUCAUCACGCCAUUCUGCUUACUGAAGCUCCAGGAACGUAGCCCUCAGAAGCUCUCCCCGAGCGUAUCAUACCUCUCCGUUAUCACCUUAGUGAUGGGGGCCAGCAUUCAUCUGGUCGGAGACUCCGUCAACCACAGACUUCCACACGUGGGGUAUGAGUUGCACCUAUCGGUCAGAGACAACCCCAUCAUGCAGCAGCUGAAACCACAGAAACUUGUUAGUUUGUUUGAACUUCUCUACACAUACGAUGAAGAAAUAGGGCAUUUGAUGUGGUAUAUUCCGUUUUUCAUCACCUUAUUCCUCUACUUUCUUGGCUGCUUCCGGAAAACCGAACCCACUGGUCGAAAAUUGGGUUUGUCAUGGUGGCUCCUGAUGCUCGUUAGUGCUGUGUACUACUGGUAUUUGGUAACAGAGGGACAAAUCUUCAGUGUUUACGUUUUAACACUGGGGUGUAUGCUGGUGAGCUGUGCCAUCAAAGCAAGGCGGGGAGAGAGACUCGACGUCAACGGCUUGUUCCUCAUCCAUACGUUCAACGUGACCUUUGUGCUGAUAGUGCUGUGGGUGGCGUAUCUGUGGAGCGAUCCUGUCCUCAGACAGAAGUACCCAGGGUUGGUGUACAUUCCUGAGCCCUGGUCGUAUUACUCGUUGCACUUCGUGGACAAAUAAUGAUGAAAAAGCAUCCGUAAACAUGAACAGAGGCAUAUGAUGCCCAGUGAGUGAGAAUGGUUUUACGCCGCUUUUAGCAUUUUGCCAGCAAUAUCACGGCGGGGACACCAGAAAUGGGCUUCACAUAUGUACCCGUGUCAAUGUGUGACGAACGAACGCUUUAACCAUAAGGCUACCCCACCACCCCGAAUGCUCAGACAAUCAAUAACGUAUAUUGACGCCUGAUUUGACGUCGGCGUCCUCUUUCUCGAUAAUAUUUCGACUGGGUAAAGCAUAGAAAACCAAAGAUGGUGUCAUGCACGUCACGUUCAGCAUUAAAAGGGAAGUUGAUCUUUCCCGGGGGCUGACUAUAGGUUGAAUAAUGUUAUGAAUGCUAUGCGGUUUACUUGUCAUUACCAAUUUGUCUUAUUCAACAACGCGUUUUCGGAAAAGUUCGAUUACUUUCACUUGAUUAUGUUAGAACACGAAGAGUAACUACAAAGUGAACAUACGGAAUUAUAUAUAGCGGUGGUCUGUCUGUUUGUUAGGUGUGUGUAUGUAUGUCUAUGUUCACGUAUUUGUGUGUGUGAAUAUAAAUUACAUCUUUAUGCAUGAUUGGUAUAUAAGUAUAUGUAUUGGAAUGCGCGUGUAUUGUGCAUUCAUGUGCGUAUGUACAUUGUAGGUAUGUGUGUAAUGUUGUUAUACUUAAAUCAAAUGUUUGUCCAUACAUGUAUGUAAUAUGUUAAAUUUUAUGUUAUUUUAUUAAGAUGCAUAAGUUGAUUGAGUCUCACAUAACCCUUGGGCGAUCUGUGCAUGUUAUGUUAUUGUAUUAUUAUGUUUAUUUUUAUAUGUAUAGGGUGAGAGUGCACUAAACAAUCUCUCUCUCUCUCUCUCUCUCUCUCUCUCUCUCUCUCUCUCUUUGGGACCUAUUCUGCAUCACCUGUGUAAAUCCUGACUACAA